AAAUACAGCAGAAAGAAGAAAGUGUACGGAGCUCAUGGGACCCUGAAGGGAAAGGAGAGCAGGGAGUCUGUUGUGUCCCUUUCAUCCACAAACAAACAUUUCAAAGCAUGUUACUAGCGGCGGCAAAACUGCAUCGCGAAGGUACCAGAGCGUUGUCUCUUCCAGGCGGGGACACAUAGACAGGGAAUGGCCUCUUACAGCACCAACAACUUUCAGAAGCAUCGCGGAUUUCCCAGAGCAGCAAGGGGGGGAGGGAGGAAGAGCAGUGGAGAAGAACUAGCCUCCUUCCACGACCUUCCAUAAAAAUGGAGAAAAACCGGAGCUUUCAAAAAUCUUCUCGUGGCUUGAACUGAAACUUGAAAGAGGACUCUUCGGAGCGCACACUACGCCGGAUUGCCCACUACGGAUUAUUAUGUAUACCGAGGAGGAGCCAAAGAAUGGAGGACCGCGGCGGGCUACCGAGAGCCAGGAAGGAAAUGCCGGGCACGCUAACGCGGAGUCACAGUGCCCAGAAACGAGGGGACCCUCCGCAAGGCUCUUCGCACUGACCGGGAAAGAGAGCCAGCUCCGGGGAAAGGCGCGCGUCCGAGGGGCGUGAAGAGCGCGCAGCUCGCAACCACGCGCGCUCCCCGCGCGGUCUGGGCAACCACAGCGCGGGCGGGUAUUAAGGGAGAAGAAGGAGGCGUGGUCUUUUCGGGACGAACCAAUGGGCUCGGGAGUGGCGCCUGGAGGCGGAGCUCAGGAUCGAGGAGCUGAUUGGCCAGAUCGCCCUCCGGUAUGCAGAUGCGGUGGGAGUCACGUGCCAGGGGCCAGUACGACUUCCUGUUGGAGGCCAACGCGGGGCGGGGCCGGGCUGCGAGCGCCGCGUCUGGCUGGAGCGGGGGGAGGGGGGGUUCUUGUCAGUUAGAGCAACAAGAUGGCCGCGGUGGCAGCUCCGCACCUCAGCGCGACGGCCUCGGGAGCCGCAGCCGCCGUCGCCGACCGCGUCGCCGCGCAGCCCUGAGAGCCGCCGGGCCGCCCCCGGCUGUCCCCGUGACAGGCCGUCCCCGCGCCGUCGCGCUCCCGCCGCCGCCGCCGCGGGCCCGCCCGAGCCGGAGCCGGAGCCGAAGCCGGAGCCGGAGCCUGAGGCGGAGGGAGCGGAGCGGCCCCGCGCCCAGCCGCCCGCCGCCGUCGCCGCCUCCUACCCAGGCUGUGUCCGAGACGCGGCCCGCCGAGACUGAGGAGCAGGGCGCGUCGCGGCGUCGCGGGCACUGGACCUGGACCUGCCGAGACGUGCCGCCGCCCACCCGCCGCCCGCGCCGGGUCUAG